GUUUUAACGUCAUGGAUAUUCCGUGGAUGCAGCUGACUGGAGUAAAGAAUGUUCUGUUAACAGGCAAUGGACACAACGAUAUUUCCCAAAGCGAGCAAGAAGAUUUACUUAGCAGAAAUUUAACCUCACUUAAUUUGAGUCGUGAUCCAGUAGCAGGAGAUGGCGACUGUGCUUUUGCCAGCAUUAUUAAACAGCUUCGUAAAUCAAACGAAUUGCAAACGGAAACAACUUUAAAGAAAUACUUAACAGACUUAGGCUUAGGAGGAAGUUUUGACGAAGACGUCCAUUUCCUUCGUCAAAUUUUUGUCAACGCAGUGCAAUCAAGUGAAGACUAUCAACAAAUGCUUGGAGUUGAUCAACAGGAAAUGAACUAUGAAACUGAACGAUUUCGAGAUGAAGGGACCUAUUGUGGGGAAAUGGGAGACUUGAUAAUGAAAGURUGUUCAGAUGUGUUGAAAAUUCCCAUAUUGGUCGUCACCAACUUACCUGGAUUACCAUAUAUUCCCUUUGUACCCGAACAGCAGAUCGUGACAGAGAUGCUAUGCAUGUCCUUUAAUGCCUAUGGUCCAGGUCAUUACGACGCUACUUCAUUGCUGAACAACGAUGAAGAAAAUGCCAAUGAGGCCGCUUCGAACGGUCAAAGAAAAACCUGUUCUUGUGGAAGAAAUAAGAAAGGGCAAAGUGUGUCGUCUUGCAUACCAUUCGACACUGACACUGACGCUGCGCGAGCUGGCCGGAAAUGUCCUUGUGUGAUGGAGGGAUUGUCCUGCUGCAACAGCUGCAGAUGUAGAGGCUGUCAAAACAAGGAUGAAAUAAGCACAGACACAGAAAAGGCACAGAUGUCCUGCAGGUGCGGCGAAAGCGCAGAAUAUAAAGAAUCUAAAGAAUACAUCGCAUGCAACAAUACAACACGAAAAACAAAGUGUCCUUGCUUCAAAAACAAGAAACCAUGCGGAGAACAUUGCUAUUGCAAAAACUGCAAAAAAUGUGUAUGGAGAAUGCACUAGGCCUUACGAUGUUUCGCAUAGUCCAGUUACGAAAAGAAAAAGAUCAAACCCCUCACCAUU